UAUGGGCGGAGCCUGUGGCCCCUACGCGCAGGCGCACAGCUCCUGCCGGGCAGCAUGGCGGAGGCAGUACCGCUGCAACCCAAAAGAAAGCGCGAACUGGAUGCAGAGGAUGUAGAAGCUCCUAGCACAGAGGAAAAGGAAGCAGGUGUUGGAAAUGGUACUUUUACCCCCGUCUAUUUACCAUUCUCCGGCUUCAGAGUGCAAAGAGUGCUGAGGGAGUCUGCGAGGGACAAAAUCAUUUUCCUACACGGGAAGGUGAAUGAGGACUCUGGGGGUGGGGAUGGAGAGGAUGCUGUUGUGAUCCUGGAGAAGACACCGUUUCAGGUGGAGCAGGUGGCCCAGCUCCUGACGGGCAGCCCUGAGCUCCAGUUGCAGUUCUCCAAUGACAUCUACAGCACCUAUCACCUCUUCCCUCCAAGGCAGCUGAGUGAGGUAAAGACAACUGUGGUGUACCCCGCUACGGAGAAACACCUGCAGAAGUACCUGCGCCAAGACCUCCACCUGAUCCGAGAGACGGGAGAGGACUAUAGGAACAUCAUCUUACCCCACCUGGAGUCCCAGAGCCUCAGCAUCCAGUGGGUAUAUAACAUUCUUGACAAGAAGGCUGAAGCUGACCGCAUUGUUUAUGAGAACCCAGAUCCCUCUGAUGGCUUUGUCCUCAUCCCUGACCUCAAGUGGAACCAACAGCAGCUCGAUGACCUGUACUUGAUCGCUAUCUGCCAUCGCCGGGGAAUCAGAUCACUUCGGGACCUUACUGCAGAGCACCUGCCACUGCUCAGGAACAUCCUCCAGGAAGGGCAGGAAGCCAUCCUACAGCGCUACCAGCUGACGGGAGACCGCCUCCGAGUAUACCUGCACUACCUGCCAUCCUACUACCACCUGCACGUGCACUUCACUGCCCUAGGCUUUGAGGCCCCUGGCACAGGCGUGGAGCGUGCCCACCUGCUGGCCGAGGUGAUCGAGAACCUGGAGUGUGAUCCUAAGCACUACCAGCUGCGCACUCUCACCUUUGCCCUCAGGGCUGAUGACCCCCUGCUCAGGCUCCUGCAGGAGGCACGGCAGCCCUGAGUGUGUGUGGAGAAAAGGCACAGGUGCACAGCAUUUGGGGCAGUGUGGCCUGGGUUUUUAUCUCCAAGGUAGUUUUUAAAGAUAUAUUUGUACUGGCUUGUUUCUCAUAUGUCAAUAAAGUACCGGCUCAUGGUUGAGGCCUGAUCGCCUGGCCUGGGAGGGGCAGCAGGUGGGCAGAGCUGGUGGGAAGAUCCGGGGAAGGGUAGAAAGUCUCAGAGUAACAGCUACAGGUGAUGAGUGACAGCCACCCCAGGGCUUUGCCCACAUCCCUGUGCUCUCCAUGACUUUUGGUUUCCUGCCUGAGUCUGUGCCUCCCUGUUUGCACUCCUGGUGCCACAUUCCUCCCCACCCCAAAUGCCCUUUGGUGAGGUCCCAAAAAAAACCAAAUUUGAAACUUUCCGGAAGUGGCCUUUAGAGGUAUUGGAUGCCACUUCCUCCUCUACUCUCCAGCAAUGAGGCCACACCCUGCAUGUGAGUCAACUCUUGAUAAAUGUUUUGAGAGGAUGGGGGAUUGAUGCCUGGAAAUGGGAGUGUUUUAAUGAGAAUCAGAUGAUGCAGCGCCAAAUGCCUGCCUUUGCCUCUUACUUAGUCAGCCUGUGCUUGGCCUUCACUUCAUUAUCUAGGCAGGAAGACAAAACAGACUCACUUGGAGCAGCCAGAAGAUAAGUGCAAAACAAUGUUAUCAGCAAGGGCAAAGUGGAGGGUUGCAGUUGAGUACGGAAGCUCUGAGUGGCCUUGGGCUCAGGGUGUGGUCAGCUCCAUAGGUUCACAGAAUCUAGAGGCCAGGAAGCACUGGGAAGUAUCGAAGCCGAUGACCAGAUGUGGAGCCCAUGGACUCAUCUGGGAAGGGUGUCCCAGGAGGGCUCUCUCCAGCACAGAGAAUAGUGGCAUGAAACUGUCAGAGAGGGACCGCUGUUUGCUGCUUUAUCAGGGUAGGGCUGAGGAAAACGUGCCCCGCUUAGGGAGCUCUCUAUGGGGAGACAGGAUAUUGGGCUCUGAAGUGACACCAGGGGGAAGUGUGAGGCAGCGGGGUGGCUGUCACUCUGUAUCCCCUGCCUCAGGAACCAGGAGGGCUGGAUUCAGACCCUAGCUCCCUUGCUUACAGGUGAGGCCCUCAGAUGGUGGCCUGGGUGUGGCACCUGCUGUAGACCCACACUGACCACUAUGAACCACUAGAACCAUAGUUGGUGGCCUAGAAAGAGCAGAGGGGUGGAGUCGGUGGUCAGAAAGCCCCCAAACCUGCUCUAGCCUCCAGCAAGUCCAGGUGAGACUUGACAAGGUGGCAGGUCCUCCAGUCCAUCCUUCCCUGCAGCUCUUCAGUAGUCCCAGGAUUUAGGUAGAUAAAGCUGCGUGAAGGAAUUGCCUCAGGAGGUGAUCAAGGCAGGUGGCUCUAUCCAAGAUGCAGUCAGCCAGAUCUACUCAUGGGCUUUCUGGAUCUAAAGGAAGUACCUUGUGGGCAGGGCAGGCCACUGCUGGGUGCUGGGGGCAGGAGGCUGACCUGAGAUCUUCUCCCAGAGCAGUUUCCAGCGGGCAGGCUGCUCUCUGGGUCUGAGUUGCUCCUCUUCCAUGUACCAAGAGAGAAAAGUGAUGUUUCCCCUCAGAAAGCAAAUGGCCCUUACAAGCAAGUCCCAGCUCCUCCAGCAUUCCAGAGGCGCCCAGUGUACACUCCCUGUGGAACAACCGCACCCCCUCUGCCACAUCCCAUAUCCCCACCCCAACCCCAACUGUGCCACCUGCUGGGCCAGCAGCAACUGAUGGCUAGGUGCAUAAACCCGUGGGAGGAGCAAUGGGCCAGACCAGGUUAGGGGGACAACAGUGAGGGGAGGAGGGGUCUGGUCUGGAGAGGGAGGAAGAGCCUUCCCAGGGCCCGGUUCCAGGCAGACAGACUGUUACACGGGCAGCUUCCCGGUGGCCCUGUGGCCUGGCCAAUUCCGCCUUCCUUUUGGCUCAUUCUGGGAGGAGGGGCCUCUGAAGUAGUGUCCUCUCCACUCCUCCCCCGCCUCUAUCUUCCCAACGGCGUAGAAGAGUCUCCUCUCAGGCCUCAGACUUAGUUUUCUGUGUAUAGUUGGAAGGACAGGUCUCUGUGUGAGCUCCCAUCACAGCAAGCAUCUGCAGAAGCGUGGCUGCCACUCUGUCCCUAGGCUAGAACACAGCCCCUUUGCUCUCAACCACCCCAGGGCCUCAUCCCAGGCAACCCACACAGGGUUGCCACUGUGCCGAGUACGGUGCUGUCCAGGCCCCAGAAGCACACUUCCGUGUCUUGCAGGGUGGUCCUAUCUGUCUCCAGCAUGACUUGUCCAGGUAGCUUUGGACGCCUCUGGCUCCUGCUCAUAACUGUUAGUUUGUCUGCCUUCCCCACUCGACUGAGAGGGCCUAAGGGGAGGAGGUUGUUUUGGUCAUUUCUCUCCCCAACACCUGGGAUGCUGUCUGGCUGACAAAUUGAUUAUAAUACUUUACAUAAUUUCACUGGACCUUCGGCCUUGUUCCAUUUUACAGAUAAACAGCUCUGGACACCUUGUCCAGUAUGUUCCGGGAUGGAUGUCAGCUCCAGGAAGCAGAAACUUCCCAGCCUUUGUUCACUGUUUAUCCAGGUUCUAGGGUAGCAGCUUGCCUGGAAUACAUGUUCAGUAAAAAGUGGGUGCAGGAGUGGAGUUGGGCUCUGAAUCCAGUGCUUCUACUUCCUGGGCCACCCCUCGCUGUCACUUCAGAGCCCAACAUCCUGCCUCCCCAGAGCCUCCUGAGCACGAGACGUUGUCCUCAGCCUUGCCCUCACCCAGCAGCAAACGAUGGCCCCUCUAGCAGAGUGAUGCAACUAUCCUCUGCUGAGGAGAAUACCCUCAUGGGCAGAUGUCAUCCCUCCUCGCCAAGCCCUGCAUGGUUCCACAAGUGGCCUUUGGCCCCCAACACUGAUCUGCUGUCUACGUGGUGUGGCUGGAGAAGGAAAGCAGCAGUUGGGAGCAUGGCUGCUCUUCUUUCUUGGCUUUUAUCCAUUUGCCCCAAAGUUUUCUAACACAGCAAAAGUGCUCUGUGAACACAAAAUCGAGAAGACAAACUUAUUCAAACUGUAUCCUUCAUGUUCCUGUUGAAACAAGGUCCUCAAUUUGAAAAAUCAAAACAAUUGCAGCCAGGUGUGGUGGUGCACAUCUGCAGUCCCCAUUGAAGGAGGCUGAGGCAGGAGUAUCACCAUGAGCUGAAGGCCAGCCUGGGCUACAUAGUGAGUUCAAGCCAGCCUGAGCUACAUAGUAAGACCCUGUGUCCAAAAAAAAAAAAAAAAAUUACAUGCAAACUAAUAUUUGAAAAUGUUUCCCUUGUAAUACAUCCUAACCUAAAACAUUUGAAUCCAGUCUUCCCUCAGUAUCCCAAGUCUGGUUCUGGGACACACCACCCCCUUGCCAAAACCCUUGGAUGCUCAAGUAUCUUGCGGUAUAUUAUGCACAUGUAACCUAUGCAGGACCUCUUACAUACUUUAAAUCACCUACACAUUACUUAUUUGUUUUGUUUUUUCGUUUUUGUUUUUCGGUACCGGGGAUCGAACUCAGGACCUUGUGCUUUCGAGGCAGGAGUGGCACCACUGAGCUAAAUCCCUGGCCCACCUAUACAUUACUUAUAAUGCCUAAUACAUUGAGCUUUAGACUCAUAAUACACAAUGGAGUCCAUGGUGGCUUAAGCCAGAUAGGCGUUAAGCCUGUAAUUUUUCAACUAGAUAAUUUAAUUGGCAAAUGAAAACUGUAUACUUGCUAUGCUGUAUUGUGUAGGGAUUUAUGUCAAGAAAAACUACAUGUAUCGCUUCUUGGCCUUUUGGCUAAGAUCAAAUGUAAGAAAAACUACAUGUUCAGUACAGAUACACACAAAUGCUAGGCGAACACUGCACCACUGGGCUACCUCCCCUGCUCUUCCGUGUUUUUGGAACCCAUGCAGCUAGAGAGUUGUGUGGUUUUCUCCACAUAGGUUUGCUAUCUCUUCCUCCAGAAGGAUCAUUUUUUAUUCCAAACAUUAUAUCAUUUUAUAAAAUGAUAAUUAAUGAUAGUUGUUUUUAAGUAUCCUGACAAAUGUUGGCAACCCUAAAUUUGUUUUAUCAUCAUUAGUGAAAUUAUAUUGGGGAAUCUGUGUCAACUUGAAGUUACCAAGUAAACACUGUUAGCAGGGACUGAAUCAGUUUAAAGUGUUUCAGUUUCAAUUCAGUCUAAUAAACAGAUUUUGAGUAUCAA